AUGUAACCAGUGGUCAUCGUAUUUUUUUACCUCCUUGCAUUUUGAUACCAAAAUAUUAGUUAUUCGCAAAGUGGUAUUACGUGAACAAGAUGAAAAUAAGAGCCCACGCACUUCGAGAAAGGUGGAAUGCGCACCGCUAGCAUCGACUGACAUGUCAACCCGCAGCGGAGCUACAGCGCUCCGGGCCCGCCGCGGUCACAAGGAACGCUCCAAAAACUUUACCGAGUUGGAGAAACGCACGGUGCUCGAGCUGAUCGCGAGGCACCGCGACGUGCUCCGCCAGGGGCGCUCCAACAACGCCACCAACCGGAGUAAACAGCUGGUGUGGUCGACCAUAUGCGAGGAGGUGAACAAACGGUGCGGCGGCGAGCGGCCGCGAACUCCCGCGCAGGUCAAGAUGUGGUACGAGAACUACAAGAAGAAGUGCAAAAUGCGCGCCCACGAUACACAGCAACCACCAGCCGACCCUCAGAAUCUGCUAGACGGCAUGCUCUGGCAGAACGUGCAUCCUCUAGAUGUUAAAGAGGAGGAGGGAGAGGCCACGGCCAGCGCGGAACUAGCCCACAGCGGUAAAGAUGACGACUGCCUACCGGUUAACAUGUCAAACGGCCGAUUAUCCAGCACGAACGAUAGCGACGACACGAUGCCAAACGUACUUGAACCCCAAGUCCAAAUCAUCCACCAUUCACCCCCAACGCCCCCCUCUCACAAACCCCACAACCCCCUAAAUCCCCACAUAACAGUCCUAUCCAGCACCUUACACGCAAGCGAACAAGCACGCAUACAACAAACCCUAAUUCAUAAAUUGAACGACUUUUCUAAUACUCCCCUAAAUUUAAGCCACUUGGAUGAAGACAGAAGAAAGAAUGGACACGAUAGAGUGAAAGAGAAGCAAGACGAACAAAUUAAACACGACUGCGGGACGGCAACCGAGGAGGAAAGACUAUACUUCAGUGCGAAGCGGCAACACGCCAUAUGGGAGCACGAGGCGAAAAUGAAAAUAUUAAAUCAAGAAUUGAAACAGAAAGAAGAGAUAUUUUCAUUGCAAAAACAACUCUUUAUGAUUGACUUAAAGUUGAAAAUGGAUUUUUUAGAAAAGGUUGGAAUGAAAUGAAGAUAGCCGCAAAGUCGGAGAGUGGAUUUUGUGAAAAUGUUUACAUUAAUUAGUCUUUAAAUGACUUUUUUGGUUGAUGUUCAUUAUGAAUUUGUCUUCCAUGUUUAUUCUAAAUUUGAAUUUAUUAAAAAGAAAUUAUCCACACAUCCGACUGCGCAAAUAGUCAUAGAGUGCCAUGAUUCUUGUGUAAUUAUUAUGUAUAAAAUGAUUUUUCUUAUGUAAAAUAUUUUUACAUGUACACCACCGAACGGUGAUAAACAUCUUUGCCUUUUAAAAAGUAUGACGGUAUAGUCUAUGGUCUGAAAGUAUUGGUACAAAAUUGUUCAUUUUGAACAAUCAAAGUAUUAAUAAUUGUACCAAAUGGGUUUUGAAAUGUGAUCGAAAAGAGUACAUUAUUAUUUUUAUAAACAUUAUUUUCAUAGCUUAUUUUAAUGUUAUUUUUUUAGUUAUAGAGACUUUAAUACAUGAAGGUUAGUCAUUGAGGUAUAGACAAUAUUGAGAUUGUUAUAAGCAAAAUAGUUUAUGCUUAUUUUUUUUUUUGAUACUUCAGUGCUAACCAUGUUUUCGCUGCACAGAGCAGCAAUAUUAUUUUUUAUAGUAUUAUGAUUAUUUUAUGGCAGCUAACGUAUAAUUACAUAUUUUUGUUAUUAAAAUUGAAAACUGCCAAAUUGUAAUAUUGUUAUAUUUUUAAUGUUUUUAGUACUUAGUUAAGUCUGUGGACUUUGAUAGAAUUUAUAUUAAUACCCAAUUUUUUGGGGGUCAACGUACUUUUGACAGCGCGUGGCAAAAAAACUGUAACCUAGUCUUAGUAAAUAUAUAAUUAUAUGAGGAAGGUUAAUAGUUACAGGGAAUUAGGGAUUGUGCGUUUGUUUCGACCAGUAUUUGUUUUCCCGCGAAAAAAUUUACUCCAAACUUGACUGACAGAUUAAAAACGUACAGAUAAUUUACUUAGAGGUUAAAUAUUUAUUAUCUACUUAUUUUAUGGUUAUCUGGUGAUAUAUAAUGCAAAAUUAAUACCGCAUACGACCUAACAUUCGGUUAAUAUUUUUAUAUUAAAAAUAUUACGUACAUUUAAAAAAAAAUUGUACAUGUAUUAUUUAGUUUAGGUGCGUUUGAUUUAUAUAUCUAUAUAUAUAAAUGUUUGUAACGCAUUGUAUUAGUGGUUAUUAUGCGGUUUUAUUUUUUUAUAUUUUUUUUUUAUUUGUAAGGGAGGUUAACAGCGUCAUAUAAUUAUAUAUUAUAGUCAGUGCCAAUAAUCAGAAACCAUUGUUAAUGUAAUUGUAAUUAAAUAUAUAUAUGUUAGUUAUUACAUAUAUAAGUUUUAUAUUAGAUGCGAGAAA